CCUUUAACCCCGAGUAUCCACUCUUCCACCAUUUUUUUGCCUGGAUGGAUAUGAUACUUUACGAUUUUAAACUUUGCAUGAAACCGCGACAGGGAAUCCUUCUUUGGACGCGUCGGGCUCUCCCAUAGCGGAUACCCCGAUUACAUGUCAUGCCAUAGUAGGGUCGCGUUGCCUAUAUUAUACCACCCCCAAUGUCGUCCGUUGUUGUGAGGAUGUUCCUGUAGUUCGUCGACCAUUGUUUGUCUCGUCUCUCUCUUUUCAUCACUUUCAUUUCCAACACAACACACCCUUCAGAGGUGCAUAUAUUUUUUCAUUCUUUCAAGCAAUUACCAGCCCGGCCUGGUAUAUUUCUCUGUUUUAUUACACCAUGCGCUCCUUCACCGUUGCAUCUGCCAUUUUCGGUGGCUUGUUGGCCACCUCGCCCGUUUACGGCCAGCAGUGUAAGCUGCAGUUCGACGGACGAGUCCCGGCGAACUUUAAGCCUGCCAACUUUGAUACCGCCAACAACAUCUUCAACCCCAGCAAUGUUCUUGGCAAGGGUCUCAAGUUUAGCGACGUGAUCGAGUUGCCCACCCUUGCGCAGCAGUCAAUCUUCGACGUUGCUGGAAAAACCAAGGCUGUUGAGGUCACCAUCAAUGACAAGUCCAUCUUUGUCCCCAACCCCGACACGGUACAGAAUGGCUUCCGACGUACCGAGCUGCUCAUUGCCAGCAACAAUGGCACCGACGACGCGACCAAGGGUGUCAAGACGCUUCACUUCAGCAUCGCCAAGGACCUGAAGAAGCCGCUGAACCUCACCCACGAGUACCAGCUCGUGUUCCUCGAGGACAACAAGUUCAGCACCAACCAGAUUGUUGUCAAGACCGGCACCAUCGACGGGCAGGCCAACACCAACCCUGACACUCUCAACGUGUUUGGCAACGUCGCCUCCAGCCCGCCGAAGCUGCUGUUCAGCACCCCCUUUGGCGCGGAUGGAUUCCACAACUUUGCCAUGACGCUCGACUUUACCAAGAACACCACCCAAGUCUUCUUCUCCAAGGGCAACGAACCCCUCAAGGCCGUCAGCAAGGCAGAGCCCAACGAUGUGAGCGGCGGUGGCCAGUUCCACUUUGGCUGCCUCAAGAAGGGCGUCGGCAAAGUCAAGGAUGUUGUUCGCGAGGGCAUCCAGGAGCCCAACAUCAACGAGGGCGUCAUCUACGGAGGAAUCUUCAUGGAGGACAGCGCCAACGGAUGCAUCAGCUUGUCCGCCGCCGCCGGAGCUAAAGCUGGAGCUGUUGGCGGUGCCGUUGCCGGUGCCGGUGCCGGUGGUGCUGUGGCCAAGGCUGGCGCCAAGGUCGCCGGGGCAGCGGUCAAGAAGGUGUCGCAGCCGCCAAGGCUGCCAAAGCUGCCAACUAGGCGCGCUCUUUCCUCGCUUGAUGUGUUGGAGAUGCGUUUGUCCUCCCUAGCCCCCCGUCCGCGCUAGAAUCAAUUGCAAAACCAACCGUGUCGAAUGUAUUUGUUUCAACAAUUGCUAUUUGAGGGUUCGGGAGCGGUAAUGAGUCAGGCUUGCCAAGGAGGUCUUUGGCAAAAUAAGCUUUCCGCGAGGCCCUGCUGAUGCAUGUAAUAGGAGAAAGUGUAAUUAAUGGGAAAUUAUUUUACAUAUUUGUCUGCAGAACAAUAUGCCCCUGAUUCUGCAGUGUAUCGUAUCCCUUGGACACGGGCUCAACUUGCGACUUUAUGUCAAUUAUGUUC